AUGAGAGCUAUGGGUGUGUGGAGGAGAGCAUGGCUCCUGUGCAAGGGGAGCCCUCAGCAUGGGGCCCUUGUAUGGACACACAGGGGGCUGAGGACAGGUGCUGCUCUGCUGAGGGGCCGGGAGGACCCCCCCAACUAUCCAUCCCUGACGCAGGAAUUUGAUAAAUUCCAGAAAAAGCUUUUAGUAUCUUUGCCCAAAAGCAAAUGGAGCCCUUUAAAGUCUACAAAACACCUUCCCCCGGAACAUUCAGACCUAGUCAUCGUUGGGGGAGGAGUGAUGGCCUGGUCAAUUGCCUUCUGGCUAAAGCUGUUGCAGGAUCAAACCAGCACCUACAGCAUCGUGGUGGUAGAGAGGGACCCUACGUACUCUCAGGCAUCCACAGUCCUGUCAGUGGGUGGCAUUCGACAGCAGUUCUCCCGGCCAGAAAACAUCCAGAUGUCCCUCUUUGGUGCUCAUUUUCUGUUGAAGAUUAAUGAAUAUCUUGGCAUGGUCAAUGAAGACCCCAUUGACAUUCAGUUCAACCCAUCUGGAUACCUGUUCCUGUCCAGCGAGAAAGGCGCAGAAAUCUUAGAGAAAAAUUACAAAACUCAGCGGGAACAUGGAGCCAUAGGGAUCCUGUAUUCUCCAGAGCAGCUGAAGAAGAAGUUUCCAUGGAUUAAUACUCAGGAUGUGGUUCUGGCUUCCUACGGUCUAGAGAAUGAGGGCUGGUUUGACCCGUGGACAUUCCUCACUGCCCUCAAACGAAAGGCAAUUUCUAUGGGGGUGGAAUUUUGCCAGGGAGAGGUGACAGGUUUUGAUACUGUGACACAGGACAUGGUGACAGAAUCGGGAGACCUUGUAACCUUCACGACCAUCAAAAAUGCCAUCGUAUCGAUGUCACACAGUCUGGAGAAUCAACCGGUGGAAUGCUCUGCGGUCAUUAAUGCUGCUGGUGCCUGGUCUGCAAAGGUGGCAGAGAUGGCAGGAGUGGGCCUGGGUAAUCCCAACACAAUAUACGGAACAAAA